AUGUUGACUCGACGGCUUCUUUCGCGUUCUGGCCUCGCAGGGCCCAGGCAAUGUUCGCUCAAGGCUCUUACUUUCAUCGGCAGCCACGGGGCCAGGUCAAUCGGAUGCAAGUCUGUUAGGAGUAUUUCGACGAUCCCGCUGAUUAUCAAUGGCCGGGAUAUCGAAACUGAGACGACCUUCCCGGUCAUCAGCCCCUUGACAGAGAAGGCGGUUUGGAAUGCUUCAUCUGCUUCGAAACAACAUGCAGCCGAUGCUGUUCAUGCCGCACAGGCUGCUUUCCCGGCUUGGUCUGCGACAAAGCCGUCAGAGCGACGGGACUUGUUCUUGCGCACUGCCGACGUGAUCACGAGACGCAAGGACGAGCUUGGAGAAUACAUGCAUCAGGAGAUUGGAGCAGACAAGGACUACCAGGACUUUAUUCUUGGCCUGUCAGUAGAAGGGCUGAAGGACACAGCCGGUAGGAUCGCCGGUGCUGUCCAAGGCUCGGUGCCCGAAUCUAUACACCCUGGUAUGCGCGCCAUGAUUGAGAAGAGGCCAUAUGGCGUCGUGCUCGGCAUUGCUCCAUGUCGUCUUAGGAACGCACCGUACCAUCUUGGUCUUCGCUCUAUUACCUUUGCUCUCGCCACCGGUAAUACCACCAUUCUAAAGGGACCCGAGUUCUCGCCCAAGUGCUAUUGGGCGAUAGUCGAUGUGUUCAGGGAGGCCGGCUUGCCCGAAGGAUGCCUGAAUCUUCUCCUCCACCGUCCCUCGGACGCCGCGUCCGUGACCGAGGCGCUCAUCGCGGCUCCCGAGGUCAAGAAAGUCAACUUUACCGGCAGCAGUAUGGUUGGAAGCGUGAUUGCUUCUCUCGCCGGCAAGUACCUGAAGCCCUCCCUCAUGGAGCUGGGAGGAAAAGCCAGCGCCAUAGUCCUGGCGGACGCAGAUCUUGAUAAGGCUGCCCUACAUUGCGCCAGGGGUGCCUUCAUGAAUGCCGGCCAAAUCUGCAUGUCUACCGAACGAAUCCUUGUGCACACCUCCAUCGCAGACCGCUUCGAGGCCAAGUUGAAAGAGCAAGUGAAGCGUCAUUUCGGAACCGUGGACACAACCCCGGUUCUCGUCACCGCUGCCUCGGCGCGCAGGAACCGGGAUCUGGUCAAGGAUGCCGUGUCGCAUGGCGCACAGAUUCUUAAUGACGCUGAAGUCAAGUCCACGAGCGCGCAGCUCGAGCACGAGACGAGAAUGUGCCCCACGAUUGUCGCUGGUCUGAAGGAUGAGAUGAAGCUGUUCAGUAACGAAUCGUUCGGGCCUAGUGUCAGCUUCUUCACUUAUGAAAAAGAGGAAGAGGCUUUGGCACUGGCAAACGGUACAGACUACGGAUUGUCGGCGGCUAUUUUCAGCGAGAACCUGGGCACCGCUUUCCGACUGGCCAGGGCUUUGGAUUCGGGCGCCGUGCAUAUCAAUUCCAUGACCGUGCAUGACGAGUUCGCCCUUCCUCAUGGCGGUGUCAAGAGCAGUGGUUUCGGCCGUUUCAAUGGCUAUCAAGGGCUGGAAGAGUUCCUGUACUGCAAGACGGUGACGUGGAUGGAAUGA